AUGGCUCAGCCGCAUGAGCCCGUUGGCAUACUGGGCAUCUCUGGUGGUUCUCUCCUACUUUUGGUACACAACUAUGGCAGCUUACCUAAAAAUGACUUCAUCCCUCAUACUGCACUGGGAUUUCUGCUGCUUGUCGCUGCUGUCAUCACAGCUUAUGCAGGUGUAUGCCGGAUUCUGUCCAGAGUGCAGUUGUUCUCAACCCUGUGUCUGACAGUCUCGGCCCUGUGGUGUGCCACAAGUCUGGUCUACAUCCUAACAGGACAGGGGGUGCUUGAGAGUGAAGACCUAAGAUCCUCUUUAGUCCCUGGCUUUGCUGCCUUUGCCUUGGCCCUGUUUGUCAUCGCCGGCAUUGCUCUGCUGGUCAGAAAUGUGCUUUUUUUUGUUAUUGCCAUCAACAUGAGCUUAGCUUGUGCGCAUCAAAUCGCCAGCCUGUCGGCUGAAGGUUUCGGCCGGUCUGCCGCAGCUGCAAACUACCUUCUUGUCUGUGUGGCGUGUAUUUACUUUUGUCUGGGGCAUUUCUUGUCCGCUAUUACACAGAGGAAAGUGGAACUACCAGGGACUGGCACAAAGACAAAAGCCAAGCUGAAGACUGACACACUGCACGGGUGUGACGAGGCAGUGUCAGUGGGCGUGGUGAUGAACUUGCUGUCGGCCUCGGUGUUAGCCUGCCCUCUGUUUGGUGUGGUCCCUCGACUGUCUGUUGGCCACGUCCCCUGGCUGUGGACUGCCGGUGUGUUCCAGGUCGGCAUGUGCCUGGUCUUCUAUCGAGCCAUGGACCCACUCUCUGCUACUUUUUACGGAUUUGAAGCAGUGCUGAAAUUUGCUGAGGGCUACAGUGGUUUCCUGUCGUUCUACUCCAUUGAACCAAUCUCGCCAAUUCCCUUCCCAAUCGUCUUCUCUGUGCUCUUCUUUGUCCUGACUCUGUUCAACUGCCUGAAGAACUUGCUGGAAGCGCUCUACCAUCUAUUAUUUGUGGCUUAUUGUUUAGCCAUUGCCUCGCAACCUCAGGGUUUCUUCGGGAGAGGAAGUCAGGGUGUACAAGCGGUUAUGUUUAUCAGUUCUGCUUGUAUGCUUUUAAUAACAACAUAUAACACAGUCGCUACUCAAAGAGUCCCUGAGGGUCAAAGCCUUUUUAAAGCUUUAGUAACAAGGAUGAAUGGCUUUACUCUCCGAGACCAUGACAAGGACCCCUGUGCACCUCAUUUGGGGUACUCUAAAUAUGCAGAUGCCGAAGUAUUAGGUCACGCGUGCAACGUGUUGGCUGCUUUUGCUAUGACAGCCACUGUCGGGGAUGGGGCAGCAUUGUCUGUGCUGGUGCUCCCCUGGACGGUGGUCACUGGGGGACUUCUGCAGUUACUCUGCGGCUCAGUCGCUUUCUCCCAAGGAAAAACCUUCGAGGGCACCGUUUUCCUCCUGUAUGGCGUUAUGUGGACAGUGUGGGGCUUGACACGAUAUGGAGGGCUGUACGCCGAUUUGAGAGGCUUUAACGUGGCAGUCGGCAUUAUUGGUUUCCUGAUGUUUAACCUUUUGGUGAUGGUCGCAGCGCUGUUUGUCAAUGUCACCUGGUUUGUCUACGCACUCACCUUCCAGCUCAUCAUCAUCAGCUUCCUGCUGGAUGCGCUUGACAUGCAACCUUAUGGUUAUGACAUCGGAGUCAUCAUUAUUUUUGGCCUUGUCAGUUUUUAUUGUUUUGUAGCUCACAUUUCCAACAGCACCUUCCAGUCUCCUCAGAUUCCUCUUGGGAAACCUUUGAUAAGACUGAGCGGGGUUGGAGGUGGUGUACAUAUCUGCCCACAUCUGCCAGCUCAAAAGGCCACAUCCGUUCAACAAAUUGCAGACAUUAUGAAGAAUGGUGGAAUAUGCGGGAUGCCAACUGACACUGUCUAUGUGCUGGUGGCUGCCUGCAACAGGCCUGACGCAGUUGUCAAAGCAUACAAGGUGAAGAAGCAGGCACAGGACCGACCCAUGUCCCUGUGGCUGUCCUCCCUCAAGCAGCUUGACCCAGUCCGGCACCUGCUGAGCCCCUUGCUUCUGGACUUCAUGGAGGCCGCGUGGCCGUCAUCUAUAAGCAUGGUUAUACUUAAAGGCCCAUGGAUGGACACAUUUGGUUUAGGAGAUGCUGCCAAACACAUUGGGACUCCCCAAAGUAUUGCAAUCAGGAACCCAGACUGUUCUGUGGCCACCCACCUCAUAGAUCUAGUGGGGCCUGUUGCUGUGACCUCAGCCAACCCUACAGGAGAACCAGACACGACCCACCACAACCAAGUUUAUGCCAAGCUCGGAGAUAAGGUGGAUGGUGUACUAUGUGAUGGACCAUCACCAGAGAACAUUGCAUCCACUGUGGUGGACUGCACUAAAAUUGAGACAGGACACAUUAGUUUCUUCAGAGAAGGCCAUAUCCCUAAGUCCAAGGUUCUCCAAAUAUUCGAGGUGGUCCAGAGACGGCGCAGACAGACCCAAGCAAAUGCAGUUUUUGAAACCGAUCAGCUGGGAAGAGAAAUUAUGUCAUCUUCAACAGAGCACAACAGCAGAAUCUGA